UCCGCUGCUAGCAGAGUUAGCAGUAGCCGUUAGCCUCCAGCAGCUGUCGGUGGCAGUCAGUCAGCCAACCAGUCAGUCCGAGUGGUGGUGCAUUUCUAAUCAUCCUCCUCCUCCUCCUUCCCUCCUGUGGACGGCCGGGUUGUUUCUUCGGGAGCCAGCUGCCUCACCUCCUCGGGCUACCUGCGGUAACAUAUAGUUGUCCUCGUGACGACAGGAAGAAGCCCUGGGACAUGGCCAGAGCAGAACAAGUCCUGGUGCUAGAGCCACAACACGAACUGAAGUUCAGAGGCCCUUUUACAGAUGUUGUCACUGCCACUCUGAAGCUCACCAACCCCACAGAUAGAAAUGUGUGUUUCAAAGUCAAGACAACCGCGCCUCGCAGAUACUGUGUGCGCCCAAACAGUGGCAUCAUUGACGCUGGAAGCUCCAUCAAUGUUUCUGUUAUGCUUCAGCCCUUUGAUUAUGACCCCAAUGAAAAGAGUAAACACAAAUUCAUGGUGCAGUCCAUGCUGGCUCCAUACGACAUGACUGACAUGGAAGGAGUUUGGAAGGAGGCAAAGCCUGAAGAGCUGAUGGAUUCAAAGUUGAGAUGUGCGUUUGAGAUGCCUCUAGAAAAUGACAAAACUCAUGAGAGUGAAACCAACCAAACUGUGUAUUCCUCUGCCUCCUCUGUUAAGACUGAGCACUCCACGCUGCCCAAGUCAGCCAGCGCCUCGCUGGAUGACGGAGAGGUGAAGAAGAUCAUGGAGGAGUGCAAGCGGCUGCAGAUGGAGGUGCAGAGGCUACGGGAAGAAAACAAACAGAUCAGGGAGGACGACGGGCUGCGAAAGAGAAAGGUGACCUCAAUGGGCUCUCCUCACUCUCCUUCCUCCUCCACCAUGGCGACCUCAGCCAUGAGGGACGAAGGCCUAAGCACCCGCAUCCUGGCGCUCUGCGUGCUCUUCUUUGUCAUUGGAGUCAUCAUUGGCAAGCUGGCCCUGUAGAGACACAGACAGACAGAGCACAGUGACGGACGGGCGGGCGGACGGACGGGAGGCGUGCUCGGGAGGACACGUGGCAACGGGGAUGUCUUCUGGGUUUAUGUUGGUUUCUCUUUCUUUUCUUUUCUUUUUUUUAACAUUUAAGGCAAUAUCUCGAUGGCUUAUCUUGAUGGAAAGUAAUUUAACGUGUAAAAAAAAAAAAAAAAAAGAGAGAACGAAGGAAGGCGAUCCCAAGUUAAACCAUGUGUGAGAGCGUUCUUGCCACAGGUCUUGCCUUUUUCUUUGUUUGUGAAAUAAUCACCACCUCUGAUCUGUUCUUUCCGUCCAUCCCUUCUUCCUAAAUGAUCUUCCGCAACUUGCACAGGUAACAGUUAGUGGUGUGUGGAAGUGGCUUCAUGCUGGCUGAAUGUCGAAAGUCUUUCAUUGAUUCUUUAUCAAGUCUUCAAGUUCCUCACUCACAUUGUCUCUAAGAAAGAUCUAACACUCCUCUUCUGAUAAUCUCUCUUCCACUUAUUACUGAUAAUCUGCAAGGAGAGGUGAACACAACUGAUCAGUGAAAGACUUUUUUCUAGAUUCAAACUUAAUGUAUUGUCUUCUAAAGUGUGAUUGCGUGCGUGUGUGUGUCUUCUUGAUUUUGCCUCCUGCAGGAGGGCUGAUAUGAUUGUGUGUGGAUGUUUUUAUGUGAGGAGACCACAAAUGGUGAAAUCACAGGCUGUUUCAGAGCGAAGGAAGAGGGGUGGUUUGACAACAUAACUGUCAUCUGAACAGGUUUCCUGUGCACAACAGAAAAAUGGGGGUCUUUGUUUAAAAUCAGAUUAGAACUUGAUCAUUUUUGUUGCUGACCAGACCAAGGAAUUAGUAGAAAUCCAACAAAUCGAUUUUUUUUGUCCAAUUAUAACCUGGUAAAAUUGAGAUUAGGAUUAAAAAAAAAAUCUGCUGCAUGGUGAUCUAUUUUUAAAAAUAACAUCAGAUUUUCCCAGAUAACUAUUUUAUUUUCUUGAUUAUUUUCUUCCAUUGGACAAAAACAACAAUCUCCCCUCCUUAAAGCAAUGAACUUGUCAUGCAAAAACCAACUUGAACAUUUUCAAUAUAUAACAUACAGUAUGUAACAAUAGCUUUGGCCACCUUGUUUAAUUUUGCCCAUGGAGUAUUGUAUUUGCGUCCUCUAGUGUAUUACAGCAGUUGUUUGCUUUUUUUUUUUGUUCUUAUAUUCUCAUGUAGUCACAAUGCUUCUGUUGUUUAUAAUAUUCAAAAAAUGCACUAUAUUCAAGUGUCCACUCUGCAGUCUGCAUGAAAUGACCUGGAAUUUAUUAUUAUGAUUAUUAUUAUUUUUUGAGUGUUGAAGUUAUAUUGGCAAAAAAAAAAAAUCUGUCUUCUCAAAAGGGACCAUCUUGAGUCUGGUUUAUCAGUUUGUGUGUGUUUUGUUUCUUUUCGAUUAUCUUUUCCUUUUGUUCCGUGUUGGGCUCUGGUGUUCGUGUGAUAACUGAGACAACACAGCUGUAUUAUCUCGGCUGUCACAUGACCAUCCAAGCAGGUGGUUGAAGGGAAAAAAAGAUUAAAUAUCUGUAUUUUUUUGUUGCCGGAGGGAGCUCGGGGAGCAGAGAAGUGGGAAUGUGGGUGGCUGGGAGGAGGACUGACCUGUGAAUACACACUACAUUAAAGAAAAGAGAAAAAAAAAAGGCAUCAGCGCUUCAGACCACACAUGCAAAGAACCAGUCACACAACAAUGUAAUCACACAGUAAUUGGAUACUCUUUUGUAUGUACAUAAAAAUAAAGACUUAAAAAGAUAACUGGCAAAGUUAUUAACAUACUGUAGUAAAGGAAGAAAAUAAUUAAACAAUCACCAUGGAUCAUGUAGCAUCAUAAUGAAUUAAAAUGCAUAAACCCCCAACUGUCUGCUUCUGUGAAAAGUUUACUCUUUUUUUUAUCAUUUAAAUUUGAAAAAGAGAUUGUAUGUGUGUGAGAGAGACUUAUAUAAAAAAAAAAAGAAUUCAUAAAAAUCAUUCAAACUGCUCUCUUAAUGGCUUAAAAGAGCACUCCGUCAAUCAUACACAUGAAAAUCAGUUAACUCUUACUGUGAAAACAGUCUUCAGCAAACAUGUCUUUGAGGGAUCUAGAGAGAGUGGAUCAUCAUAUUCAGGGGCCUCCUUUACAAGUGGUAGUGAGGGGUUACAAUGUGGCCAUAUACCAGGCAGGGAAGGACCAAAGAAAAGAUGAUACCAGUUUCCUUGUUGGAAUUCUAUAAGCCAUGCAAGUGAGUAAAACUCAUGACAUAAUGUCUUCUGACGUUUGGCUGGUUUUGCAGAUUUGAAGUGCUUAGAAUUCCCCUUUAAAACCUUAUAGAUAAAGGCCUAUGAGGUGACGUGACAGUCAGUGGUUUGGUUGAGGCCACAGUUUUGACAGUGAACCUGCUGCAAGGCCUUUCACCAAGAAAUUUAAGGAUAACAUGCAGAUUUGAUUUGAUUACAGUCAUGGAAAAAAAUAUUAUCCCUUUUUUUCUUCAGUUUCUUGUUAAUUUUAAUGUCUGGUACAUUUGUUUGGACAAAUAUAAUAACAACAAAAAUAGCUCAUAAGAGUUUAAUUUAAGAGCUGCUUUCUAGUCAUUUUCCAUGGUUUUCUUCAGCUCUUUUUGUUAUAUCUGUCCAAACAACUGUACCUUAUGUUGUACCAGGCAUUAAAAUGUACAAGAAAUUGAAGAAAACAAGGGGUGGUCUAAUAUUUUUUCCAUGACUGAAUUUGUCAUUGCUUAUCACCACACAACAAAAUUAAGAUGACAUAAAUCACUCACUUAGCAGCAUAAGAAAGGAAGAUAAAAAAGUGUCAUUAAAGUGCAUAUCAACUCAGUAAAGUUCAGUCCAGCUUAGCUUAGCCUGUGAGCAACUCACUUAUGCCCCUGGGAAAGAAGCUAUAUUUCAUGCGGUAGUCCGUGCCCUCAGCUCAUGACCCUAUAUAAUAUAUAAAUUCUACCUUUGGCAAAGCUCAACCUGAAACCAUGAUCCCAGGUUUUCUGAUAUGACAUUACAAACAAUAUGGUAAUUUGCUCCCAAACUUGUUAUUUACAUUUUGUACAACAAUAAUAAUAAAAAAAACAACAACAACAAC